UUUUACUUUGAAAGCAAUAAGCGGAAGUGUCCGUUUCCAUUUCCGACUGUAUCACUUCCUUGGUUUGCCUGCCGCUCGUUUACAUGUGGUUCCGGGUGGAGGCGAGGAGAUUUCAAAUGGUAGUAAGAUGAGCCAAAUAGAAGAACUAAAAGUGUUUGUUUCCGAGCGGCUAUAUGCUGCUGCUUCUGAAAUAUUCGGUGCUGUAGAAAAAACCAUAACGGAUUACGAGGAGACGGUCACCCGUUUGAAGGAAGAAAACGACCGUAACCGUUCUCUGUUGGACAUCAUCCUCAAAACCAAGUCACCACCACAGAAAGAAGGAGCUUGCCCUGCCAAAAGUACCCCUGCUGCUGCUGCUGCUGCUCCAGGUGCAUCAGAUUCAAGUCUUGCUCGCAAGGCCAGAUAUCCCCCCCGCAAUUCCAGUGACUCGCAGUGCUCCUUCACCUCACGCACCGACUUUCUAGACUUUGCAACCAAUGACAACUGCCGCUACUGCUUGAAGAGAAUUCAAGCCACUGAGACACAUUUGACGAGAAAACAUUAUCUAUUUGCUGUCCAUUUUACUGAGUGUGGCGCUGAGAAAUUUGUUGUACCAUGUACGUGCAAAGACUUGAUCCAGGGCAGAAGUCACUGGCAUUGCCCAUAUUGCACAAAGAUCAUUUAUCGGAAAUGUAACUUUGAGGUGCACAUAUCUAAACAACAUGGUUAUCCAAUACUGCAGCAAAGCCAAAACACAGAGAUGGAUCAGCCCUCUGUCUCUGCCAUUGAGGAGGAUGUUCCCCUGAGUCCUGCACCUUGGUAUCAGCAGGAGCUUGGCAGCCUGGACCAGGAGGACCAACAGGCCUCACUGCUGCUUCAUGUUAAAGAAGAAGAAGAAGAAGAACAAGAAACGUGCAGACAAGUGAGUCAUCCUGAAUGGCAGAACUCAGUGCACGUGAAGAUUGAAGGCGAGCAAAUGAGUGUGGAGGAACAUCACGCUCAAGACUCUGAAUUCAGCAUCGUCUGUGCAGACAGUUACAUUCAAGACCUCAGCGUGGAAAGCAGCAAGAGACAUCUGCUUCCUAAUUCUUCAAAUCAACCUCUGGAAAUGCUGCCUGAUAGUGGGGUUGGUGGAAUAUACAAGCCGGCUGAGGAAUCUCAGCACACCACACCUCGUACUAGUUUAAAGGCACUCGGUAUCAAGAGGAAAGUGCCUGUAAAAAGAAAAAAAUCUAAUAUAAAGACAUCAACACUGUCUGUCAGUCAGAAUCCUACCGGUCCUCAUUGUUGUAAAGCAUGUGGAAAGACUUUCGAUUACAUGUACACACUGAGGACACACGUGCUAACACACGCAGGGGAUACAAUCCAUAUUUGUGGAAUCUGUGGAAAACAUUUAGAGUCUAUGGAGAGUUUUGUCCAGCACAUUCAAAGCCACACAACGAGGAACAAAUGUGGUAUAUGUGGCAAACAAUUUUCUAAUAAUUUCCGUCUGAAACGGCACAGGAGAUUUCACAGACCAAAGGGUUUAAAUGUUAUGUCAUCAACUUAAAUAAUGGGUACAAUCCUACAGAUGUCAUAAAUGCAUCAAAACGAGCUGUGAUACUGUAAGUAUUCUCAACAAAUCUUAUAACUCAGCUCAUUAAAGAAAUGCAUUCAGUGUAAUACCUUGUUGUACCGCCAUGAUUGUGACUUAUGUAAUGGAUCUCUGUUACUGGAUGUAUAUGAGAGUGUAAUAAUAGUGAGUUGGUGACAGCAGAUGCUCAUCGCACCAACACAUAGUCACAUGUAGAGAGAAUGGAAUGUUAUAUUCAAUGUUAAUCGCAGCGACACCUCGAUGGAAAGACAAAGAGACGGGGGUUUCACUUGCCACGAAGCAUGGACAUGCUGUGCAUCAACCUGAAGAACAACCCUACCUGUGUUUAGAUUAUGAUCCAAUGUGCUGCCUGUAUUCUUGACCAAUGUGGUGAAGUCACUCCUUCUUUUACCUGUAUAUUUACAGUAUGCAAUUACCGGUUCAGGAGUCGUAGGUUUGCUCUGCAGACAGGAGAACCACGAUUGUGGACUGUGGCCCGGAGGAGGCUUGCGAAUCUCUCAUCUGAGACUACUCUGUAUCACAGCGUUGUUUUUCACUUAAUUAAAUACGCUUUAUUAUAACUAUCGA